GCAAAGUAUGAUUAGUUUACUAUCUUACCCAAUCAUUGAUUAAGCUUUGCCAUCAAGAACAACCAAAAAAAAAAAACCAAAACUUGCUUUGGGUAAACAAGUCCUAGCUCCUUUUUCUUUAUUCCAAGUGUGAAAGUAAGUUAAAGAUUCAUACAAAAAUAUGAAGUCUAUGAUCAACAACAAUAAUGACAACAACAAUGGCAACAACAACAAUGACAAAAACAACAACAACAACUGGUUAGGUUUCUCUCUUUCUCCUCAUAUGAACACAAACACUUCAAGAAAUAGUCAAAUGGAAGGCUCACCACCUCCUCCUUGUUCUAAUUCUACUUCAAACCCCAUAAAUUAUUUCAAUCUUCCAUCUCAUUUCAACUACUCAAACAUCUAUGGAGUUGAAAGUGAUCAAAAUGGUAAUAAUGGAAUUUACUCUGCAUUUCCUAUAAUGCCCUUGAAGUCAGAUGGUUCACUUUGUUUAAUGGAAGCCAUCACUAGAACACAUUCACAAGGCAUGGUAAGUUCAACAACACCAAAACUUGAGAAUUUUUUUGGUGGUGUAACAAUGGGGACCCCUGACUAUGGCAGAGGAGGUCAUGGAGGAGCUACAAUGGGUCUUUGUUUAGAUAAUAAUAAUCAUAAUCAUAAUCAUAAUAAUAGUACUACAACAAUGUACUAUAAUAACCAUAAUCACCCUGACCAUAAUACUAGACUUGAAGCCCAACAUUACCAACAUCAUCAACAAGACUAUUCUAGUUUUAGACCAAUGUAUGUUCAACAACAACAAGAACAACAACAAGGGGUGAUCAAAGAAGCCCAGAUUGGUGAUUUUCAUCAUUUACCAAGUAUUGGUGAAGAUGUUGUUGAUGAUGAUAUAAAUGGCAUGAAAAACUGGAUUUCAAGAAACUAUCAUUCUAGUGGUGGUGGUGGUAAUGCUGACCAUGGUGAUUUGCAGUCACUAAGUUUGUCAAUGAGUUUUGGUUGUUCACAACAGUCAACCACAUGUGUGGCUGCUGCACCACCACAUCAUCAGCAAAUUAUACCUGCUGCUGCUGCUCCUGUUUCUGGUUCUGUUCCUGCAAAUAUUGUCACUGAUUGUGCUGUGAUGGAUUCCAAAAAAAGAGGGUCAGAGAAAGUUGACCAACAGAAACAAAUUGUUCAUAGGAAAUCUAUAGAUACAUUUGGUCAAAGAACCUCUCAGUAUAGAGGUGUUACAAGGCAUAGAUGGACUGGUAGAUAUGAAGCACAUUUGUGGGAUAACAGUUGUAAGAAAGAAGGGCAAAGCAGGAAGGGAAGACAAGUUUAUCUAGGUGGUUAUGAUAUGGAAGAGAAAGCUGCUAGAGCUUAUGAUUUAGCUGCACUUAAGUAUUGGGGUCCUGCGACUCACAUCAAUUUUCCGUUGGAGAACUAUGAACAAGAAGUUGUGGAAAUGAAGAACAUGUCUAGACAAGAAUAUGUUGCUCAUUUGAGAAGGAGAAGCAGUGGUUUCUCUAGGGGAGCCUCAGUCUAUAGAGGAGUAACAAGGCACCAUCAACAUGGUCGAUGGCAAGCUCGGAUCGGCCGUGUGGCCGGGAACAAAGAUCUUUAUUUGGGCACAUUCAGCACCCAAGAGGAGGCUGCUGAGGCUUAUGAUGUGGCUGCAAUUAAAUUCCGUGGUGUUAACGCGGUCACAAACUUUGACAUCUCAAGGUAUAACGUUGAAAAGAUCAUUGCAAGUAAUACCCUUUUGGCUGGAGAACUAGCGAGGCGAACCAAAGUAAUUGACCCCACAACUGAACUAUUAUCGGACCAACAGGUUCAUGAUAAUGAACCCAAAGACCCAUUAACCGAGCCCACCACCAAUAGAAACAUGUUGGACUGGAAAAUGACUCUGUAUGAUCAAAAUGCAACUGGACCAGGGCUCGAGGGAGACGAGUCCUCUAAACUUGGACCACAUUUAUCAAAUGCUUCUUCAUUGGUGACAAGUUUGAGUAGUUCGCGAGAAGAUAGCCCCGAGAGAAACAACAACAAUCUUCUUCCAAUGGGUCUAGAAACGCCGCCGUCUGCUUCCAAGUUUCUUGGAACUUCUUCUGGCAAUGCAUGGAUUCCAACAGCAGUAACAAGGCCUCAUAUCCCAGUUUAUGCUGCAUGGACAGAUGCUUGAUCAAUGAGAAUUAAGAAAAAAAGGAAUUUAUGGGGUCUCUCUUUCUUAAUUUUUAUUUGUUUUUUACUCUGCUUAAAUAUAUUAUGUAUUAAUUUGAAUUGGGAAGGGGUAAAUUCAGUUCAAUAUGGGAUCUUGUAACACUUUCCUGCUUAGUUACAUGAGUUCCAAAUUUUCUAA